GUCACAUGAUUUAUGGAUAUAUUGAACUUCAAACCUUAAUUUGAAGCGUUUAACCAUAAGAGUUGACGUAAAAAAUGGCAGCAGUAAGUCACUUUAAGAACCAACUGCAGUUCAACCUAAAUGUUCCACCUGUGGCAUCUAAUCUGGCUAUGAGAUUUCAGAAGCCAGAGGCAAUUGUGGUUGAAAAACUAUCCUCCAGUCCUCCCAGGAGGCCUCCACUGUUGACCACAGCCACACCACCAAUUCAGCCUGCUUCAGCUUUCAAGUUUUCUGUGGUGUCAGAAGACAGUUUGACUGCAGCAGUGAGACUUGCUAAAAGGGAUUUGAAAAAGAAAAAAAUUGAGGAACAGUUUUAUCUCUCAAGUUUGGCACAUGAGGCAAAACAGACAGAGAAAGCUCAGAAAACACAGAUUCCUAAGGUCAAAGUUAAAAAGAGCAAAGAAUAUAGAGAAAAAGUACAAUCUAGACAAGAUGAUGUUAAUGAAAAGCCACUUGUACUGCGAGAAAAAGAUGCAAGGAACAAAAGUGUGAAACAGGCUAAAAUACAAACACGUUCUAAAGUAAAGAAAAAGACAGAUGUUGAUGUCCCAAAUAUUAUUGUUCACAUGGGCAAAAAAUCUUUGCCAGUAUCAACACAGUCCCCACCUACACGAGACACUGAUGGUUAUGUUCCUAUGGUAUCUCCAAGUGCUCGACAUGCACAGGAAAUAAGUAGGCUAAGAACUGAAUUACAGAGAUACAUGGAACAGAUUAGGAAAAGUGAGAAUCGGAAUGAGAAUGUCGCACCACAUGUAGAAAAGACAGAUGAUGUGGAUGAACAAAGACGAGCUAAGAGAGAAGGAGAACGUGCUUCUCGUACUUCCAGAAUGCUUUAUGUACUUCAACAACAAGUGAGAGAGAUCCAAGAAGAGCUUUCUAGGAUAGGACCAGAAAAAGUGAAACACAAUAAAAAGAGCCGGACACUCCAUCGUCUUGCUGCAGCUCACCGUGGUGCGGUGAAGGCUAUACAGGCCUAUGUAAAUCAUCUACCUGAAGAAGAAACCCGUCAUGGCAUGCCAAAACUGUAUCAAGAACUUGCCCUGCUGAUACGACAGCUUUCACUUUGCUGUGCAGAGCUUGAAGUUGGAGGAGAGUCUGGGGUGCCAGAUGUGGUCAAGAACAUACUGGGUCAAGCAGGGGAUUUAAAUGAGUCUAUUGAAAAAGAGCUCCAGUCUUCCCCACUGUCUCCAAAGGCAAGGCGAGCAUUACGUGAUCAGUCUGAGAAACAAAUUUCUCCUGUCAGUAGGCAGUUGUUUCCAGAAGAGGCCAUGUCAGCCAGAAUAGGACCUGCCACUGUGGCAAGACUAAGACAAGACAUGAGACGGAGUGAUGUUGAUGAUACCCCUGAUCGUGAUAGAGUUCUAAGAGCUGGCAUUGAGGCCCUGGAAAGAGCUUCUAGAAAUAAUCCUGCCAGAGACCAAAGACCAGUAAAUCCACUAGUGAAAGAAGUUAUAAGUCGUGAAAGAAGGCCAUGGCAGCAGUCAGGAAGAGGACUUGGGGAAGAAGAAAUUACUGGUAUUGGUGGUGAAACUUGGAAUGCUCCUUUUGAUAUAAGAGAUAGAGGUGCUGGAGUGAGAGCAGGUCAAACAAGAUCUGUUAAGAAAAGUGUACUGCUUCCGUCUAAACUUCAGACACAGAGAAUACAGGCACAGCAUCAAGCAGCACCAAUUUUAAACCAGGCACAUUUUGCUGAACACACAUAUGCAUCUAGAGCCAAAGUAGUUCACUCUCCUCGGCAGUAUAGGGAUAGAGCAGGCAGUCCACAUUCUCCUAGAAGCUCAAGUGCACCAGCAAGUCCAGAGAGACACAUACACAGAGGAGAAUAUCCAGACUAUCCCAGACCAAGAAGCCUGUCUUCUGACAGGAGUCCCAGAAUUGGAGACAGGAGUCCACGAUUAGGAGAGAGAAGGCCAUGGCUGGAUGAGAGAAGCCCAAGACCAAUUUUAAGAAACCCAAUGACUCCAUACAGAGAAAGAGAAAUUAGAAGGAUUAAACCCUCAAUUGUUGAUUCAUAUCAAAGUGUUAGUGAUCUGAAGUAA